AUGGAAUCGAGCCAGAAACACCGCGCUCCUCGGAGUCCUGUCGUGCAGAUUCCCGUGCCUCGACGUGGGAAGACCCAAAAAGCCAGCAGUGCCGGAGCCCAUGGCGAUUUCAAAGGCGCAGCCGUUUUCGCGGAACAGGGAAGCGCGACCGCUGGGCCUUCGAGCGGCGCGGACGCCUCGGAGAGAACGGUAGAGGACGGUUUCGACCCGACAAUGCGGAGUCGCAAGGCAGUGAAAAGGAGGUAUAUGGAGGAUUCAUCGGGCGAUGAAGAACCACGGAAGCAUCGAGCGCGGGAAGCCGGCCCCAAGAUGACCAAGGACAAGCGCGACGUGCGAUGGCCACCACGAGUGCGCCUGUCCAUCGAAGAGCUUCGCAUCCUACAGGACAUCGCGGGCAAGAUUGUGCCUGUGCAAUGCCGCCACGACAUCGCCCCAUACGCCUUCAACAGCCGUAACGACGCGUACCGGGAGUUUGUCAUCGACGGGAUCCUGAGCCAGACUGAAGAAUCGGCGACACGAACCAGGCGACUGUCCAGGAGUAGGCACUUGGCAGAAAGGGUCGAGGAGGCUGCCCAAGCCUGCCGGCGGGGCGCAUUUUCCCAAGACGCAGUGGCGCAUGCCACGAGGAUGGCGCGGCGAGCUUUCGAGCACCCAAGGUCCGACCGGGAGGAGGUGGACGCAACCGCCGGCCCAGGCCGAAACGAUGACGAAGUCCAGAUUGUGGACCCGGAGUUGUGGAAAGUGCAAGUCCGUCUGGCGAGGGUUGAGACGGCCGUCAGGCACGUCAAGCCGAGCGCGGCGCGCAGGGAAGCAAGAAGCAGAAGCCAAGGCUAG